GGUGUGAAGUUUUAUGGUCGAACAGCCGGUACAUACGAUCUUUCAAUUCAAAAACUUUAAAUAAGAAAAUUACUGAAAUAUUGACAUUAUCGAAUACCCCUUAUUCUCAUAAAUUACAAUAAUUGUAUUAAGAAAAAAAUCAUUCAAAUAAUAAUAUUGAUUUAGGAUUUUGAAUUGAAAUGAAAAAUAUCUGUUAAAUAUAAUUUUCCCCCUAAAAUAAUUCAAAACUCAACAGAAUAGGGCCAACAAUACUCACUAUGCAAAGCAGAAGAGCAAUUAUUUCACACUACCUCAUUUUCCCCCUCUUUUAAAUGUGCAAUCUCACUCUCUCUUUGCCUUCCUCUUUCUUUUUCCGUUUUGUUCUUCCAUCUCUGUCUGAGCUUCAUAUCUCACCACUCUCCCCCUUUCCCUUCCUCUUUCUUCCCACCGUCUUGGAAUCCAGAGAAACCUAGAAACAUUCUAAUUAAUUCUCCAAUUUUGUGUUCGGAAUGCUUCUUCUCCAUUCACAAUCGAGAGUGUGGGUCAAAGCACCUGAGACCUGGCGAAUAGAUGACCGCUUAUUCUUCAACGGAGCAAAGUAGUUUGAUAGCAUGUGAAUAAACUAAUUACUAAAAGUGAUAAAAACAAAGCUCGUUGGCCGGAAUGUUUCAAAUAUAAACCAAGCCAUUAGCCUUAAAUAAAUCCACUAUUGCCAUGCACCAUGAUGCCCCUAGAGUGAACAUGAAAAAACCAAAGUAAUGCUUACUUGGCUCCAAUUGUCGAUGGUAAAAAUGGAAGCCACCAAGAGCUUUAUAAGAAAAACCCAAACUGGAUUGCCCUUAGACCAACAACCACAGUGACACCAAAGGCAAUGAAUCCCUGGCUGAGAAAACAAAAACCAGAAAUAUCUAAAUCAUGUCAAUGGAAUGCGUCGGCGAGUUUUUUCUGAUAAAUAGUUUUGUUAAUUAGAAUGACAGAAAAAAUACAAAGCAUACAAUCUGCUGUAAAAAUCUCAUAUACAAAUAAAAUAAACAUGCAAGCAAUAUAUGUCUGGAAUAACCAAUUAAACCAAUCACAUUUUGUUCAAAACUCGCUAUUUUAUUUUCUGUCUAUACGAAGAAACUUUUUCUUGCAAUGGAUAUAUGGAAUAUCUUCCUAAAUUGGUCUCUAUAACCCUUGUGCGACCUUUUCCUAGUAUACCGUCGACAUGGAAUCUUCAAAGGCUUGUUCGCUGAGGGAGUCGGCGUCGUGAAGGGUCUGGAAUGGAUUAUUGCUUUGUGGCAAUCGGUGUCUUCUCCCACCAACACUUGCUUCGUCGGCGGAGGUUGUGUUCUAUGAUUCUUAGGGUUUUCAUAUGUUUGCUUUAAUUUUUCCGGUUGUCUCUUGGUGCAAGUUGGUUUUGGAUUUGUUGUGCUAUCAUGCCCGCUCUGGUCCGUUAUCACUGUCCUUUUGUCGGUCUCCAUGGGUGUCAGGAUGAUCGAGGUAAGGGUCUUACUAAAUCCUUCUUGCUCCAGCACUUUAAAGAUUGGCAUUGUCGCGGUGAAGCUAUUGCUCUUACACGUCAAACUCUUUCUGAUAGUUUGACGGUGUUUUCUAAUGCUGAAACUACUCUCAAGCGGAUGGGGGGUUUGGAUUUGUGUGGUAUGUCUUCGUACUCACGUCUUCCGUUCUGAAUGUCGGCAUGAUGAGAAUGUUUUUGUGGAGCCUCCAGAUUGUGGUGACGACCUUGUUCUUUUUAUUAUUUAUGAUAUUCCCAGACCUCCGGCUCCGUCUUCGUCGAUUCACUCAUAUGAUGCUAGGGUUGAGUCUGUGGGUUGGUCUAUCUCUUUGCUUGAUCGCUUGUUCUCUAUGGGUCUUCGCACUGUGAAAUCUAUCCCUCCUAAGUGUCGCCUUGGGUUUGCGAGCGUUAUGAAAGGGGCUUUGGAUGAUGUGGGUGUUUCUCCCGGCGACCUCUCCUGUUAGAAUCGCUUACUUGUGUUGCCUCUCUAUGUGCUUAAGACCUUUUCUCCGCGGAGUAAUCUUGAGUGUCGGUCCGCUGUUAGGCGCCUUCGUCAGGAGGAGAGUGUUAACAUUGCAAUUAUUGCUUGUGGGUCUGGUGGUAGUUUGCAGCUUUUGCGAGAGACUUUAGAUGAGGUUCCCCCUCCGUUUGCUGUAGAGGAGGAUCUUGUUUCGGGUGAGCUCAACCUUCGGCAAUAUCAGAGGAAGAUUUGUGAUGGGCAUUAUACUGUUGCUGUUCGGGUGCUUUCCUCAUCCUGUUGCCCCAUCUCCCUCAUUACCGACUUCGCCUGUGGAUCAUCAUCCUCUUGUUGCCUCUUCAGCCGUUGUUUUGGAUAUGAUUAGGAUCUUUCCUCGUGGUACAUCUUGCGGGAGAGAUGGUUUUGGAGCUCAACAUCUUAUGGAUUGUUUGGGUGGUGCUUUUGUGGCUAUCUCGGAUGAUUUGCUAGCCUCUAUUACUCGAGUGGUUAAUCUUUUCCUUGAGAGUCGAUGUCCGCAGCAUCUUGGUGAGUACAUUGCUAGCACUCCGCUCACGCCACUUGUUAAACUAGGGGGGGUGGUAUCCGUCCUAUAACUGUUGGCACUAUUUGUAGACGCCUUGUUUCUAAGGUUGGUGCUUGUCUUGUUGGCCCUACUUUAUCUUGUUAUUUUGCUGGUCUUUAGUUUGGGGUCGGGGUUUCUGGUGGAUGAGAGGCUAUUUUGCAUGCCUUGAACCGGUUCGUUGAGGCCGCGGUGGUGACGUAUGUCUUUCUAUGUUGUUGGUCGAUUUCCGGAAUGUUUCAAUUUAGUUGAUCGUGGGGCCAUGCUUCAGGAAGUUCGUCGUCAUUGCCCGGUCCUGUCCCGAUGGGUAGAGUUCUGUUACUCUAGCCCUGCCCGACUAUAUUAUGGGAUGCAUAGCUUAUGGUCUUUCCAGGGGGUUCAGCAGGGAGACCCUUUGGGCCCUUUGAUUUUUGCUUUGGUGUUGCAUCCUUUAGUGUGCAAGAUCAGAGACUCUUUUGAUUUGAGUGUGCAAGCUUGGUAUUUGGAUGAUGGCACAGUUGUGGGGGACACUUUGGUUGUUGGGAAGGUCUUGGACAUGAUUAUGGCUAAAGGCCCUCGAGCUGGCCUUCAUCUAAAUGUGGGUAAGACAGAGGUUUUUUGGCCUACUGAGGAUCCUAGGAGUCGGCUUCCAGGUGUUUCCCCUGCCUCUAUCGCUCGGCCUCCACACGGUGUCACCGUUCUGGGUGGUCCUGUCAGUUCUUGUCCUGAUUUUAGCAGUGAGCUUGUGGCGAAGAGAGUUACUAAGACCAUUGAGCUGAUGGACUUGGUUGCUAGGAUUGAUGACCCACGGCGUGAGUUACUUUUACUUCGGGCAUGUACUGCUAUUUCUAAACUCUACUUUGCUUUGCGUACUUGCUCCCCUCGUAUUUUUGGGCCGACCCAACUAUCUUUUAACACAACACUUCGAUCUAGUUUAGAGCGUAUUGUCACUGCUUCAGGACCCGGGUUUGGUGAUUGGCAGUGGCGGCUUGCCACCUUCUCUUUUCAUUUGGGCAGGCUUGGGGUGUAUGCUGUUGGAGAUGUCUUGCAUUAUGCUUUUUUGGCGUCUCGUUUGCAGUAUGCAGAGUGGCAAGCUAAACUCCUAAGUCCUUCUGGUAUUCUAUCUCCUGGCCCUACUUUUGAUGACGCCCUACGCACCUUUAACGACUUUACAGGUUCUGAUCUCUUACAUGACCCUAGUGGAGUUGAUGCCCCAAAACUUAUGAAGAAAUUGGCAGAUAUUUAUUUCGCGAAGGUUGUUACUACUUCAGAUUCUGUUUUCUCAUUGACUAAGCGUCAGGUGGCUUUGUGGAAGUCUCAGCAGAGUGCACACUCUUCUGACUGGUUGCGUGUUGUUCCUAUUGCUGGGUUGGGCCAGACUAUGAAUGGGAUGACAUAUCAUAAUGUGCUUAGCUAUCGACUGGGUAUCCCGUUGUUUUCGGUAUCCAAACCCUGUCCUGCUUGUUCUUGGGGUUUCCUGGUGAUGUCUUUGGGGAUCAUGUUGUGUCAUGUGCUGGUUUUGUGGGCAUUAAGCAUCGGCAAAACCUCGUUCGUGACACCUUAUUGGACAUCUGUUACAGGUCUGGGAUUUCUGCAGGUAGGGAGGUUGAUAUCGGUUUGGUUGAUGGACAUGGCAGACCCCUUCGUCCUGCGGAUUUGCUGUUUUAUUCCUGGGACAGGGGGCGAGAUGUGUGUGUAGAUUUGACUGGAUCUUCACCUCUGACUCAAACUGGGAUGACCGAUUUUGUGCCUGGCCGAGUUGUUGCUGAUGCUGCUCAACGAAAGUGUGCCAAGUACCGUUACGGUUUUGUACCCUUUUCUUUUUCUUCAUUGGGAGAGUUGGAUACAGACGUCGUGGCUUUGCUCAAGAGGAUCCAUAAAUUCUCCAUGUAUCAGGAUGUAGGGGCUCGGACGGCCGCAUACAUUUUUACUAGACUCAAUUUUUCUAUAGCUAAGAGAGUGGGGCCAGAUUGUAUCUCGACUACCUACUAUUUUUUUUGUAAACCUUUGUUUGUUCUGCUUAAAAUACUAAUUUUUUUGGAAUGAUAACAAAACCAAACUAAUAAUAAUAAUAAUAAUGCCAACGGCAU